UCCAGUACAUAGUAAGGCUUGAGCACGCAAGCUCUACUAUAAAUGUUGAGCAAUUAACCUCCCAAAUCAUAUCACACUUAGCUUGUUCGUCUCUCCUAUACUUCUUAGCAGUAAUGGCUUGCAAUAAUCAACUCUUAUCAGCUCUUCCAUCAAAUCCUCCUCAGCUGGAUGGAGUUACUCGUCGUUCUGCCAAUUUUCAUCCAACCAUUUGGGGAGAUUACUUCCUUACUUAUUCUUCUCAACCCAAGGAAGUGAAUACACAAGAAUGGCUAGAGCACCAACAAUUGAAAGAAGAGCUGAAAAACAUGCUUGUGGAAGUCCCAGACACCUCUUUCAAAAAAUUAGACUUGAUUAACAAAAUUCAACGCUUAGGAGUCCAUUAUCAAUUUGAAAAGGAGAUUGAAGCUUCAUUGGAACACAUAUUCAAGGCAUACGAUGAAUUCAAUGCUGAGGACGAUGAGAGGGACCUUUAUAUUGUCUCUUUGUGCUUUCGACUACUUAGACAAGAAGGGUAUCACGUGUCUGCUAAUGUGUUUGAAAAAUUUAUGGAUUGUAAUGGAAAGUUCAAGGAAUCAUUGAUCAACAAUGUUCCAGCACUGUUGAGCUUGUACGAAGCAUCACAUCUUAGGGUUCAUGGGGAGCAAGUUUUAGAAGAAGCGUUGACAUUUACCACUUCUCACCUAGAAUCCAUACUACCAAACUUGAACAAUAUUCUUAGAUCACAAGUUAGUGAAGCACUAAAGCAGCCGAUUCGAAAGAGAUUAAUAAGGCUUGACGCACAAAAAUUCAUAUCAACUUUUGAGCCAAAUGGAACAACAGAUGCUUUAUUGCUGAAAUUUGCAAAAUUGGACUUCAACUUGUUACAAAAGGAACAUCAAAGGGAGCUUGGUUGUCUUACCAGGUGGUGGAAAGGAUUAGAUGUCCCAAAUAAAUUGUCUUUUGCACGAGAUAGAUUGGUGGAAGGCUACUUUUGGAUAUUGGGAGUGUAUUUUGAACCAAAAUAUUCUCUUGCAAGGAAGUUUCUUCUUAAAGUUUUUAGUAUGACUUCAAUUAUUGAUGAUAUUUACGAUGUUUAUGGAACUCCUGAUGAGCUCAAGCUUUUCAAUGAUGCAGUCCAAAGAUGGGAUGCUAGUGCUUUAAUUGAAUUACCAGAAUAUAUGAGGCAUCCCUAUAUGUACCUUCUUGAUGUUUAUGCUGAAAUGGAGAAAGAAUUAUCUGAUAAUGGGCAAUCAUACCGUGUGAAUUAUGCCAAAGCGGAGAUGAAAAAAGCAGUGGGAGCAUAUCUUGAAGAAGCCAAGUGGUACCUUGAUGGUUGCAAUCCAACAUUUGAGGAAUACAUGAAACUUGCAACCGUAACGUGUGGUUAUCAAAUGAUAACGACAGCAUCUUUGGUAGGCAUGCAAGAAGAUUUUGUAACUAAAGAUGUGUUCCAUUGGGUGGAUAAUGAAGCUUUAACUGUUCGAUCGGCUGUGAUUAUAUGCAGAUUGAUGGAUGAUAUUGCUGGACAUGAGUUUGAACACCAAAGAGGACACUUAGAUUCGUCUGUGGAAAUCUAUAUGAAAGAAUAUGGAAAAUCAAAAGAAGAGACCACUCUCGAGCUCUUAGAACAAGUCACUAAUGCAUGGAAAGACAUUAAUCAACAAUGUCUUAAACCGACAAUUGUUCCUAUGCCUAUACUUAUCCGAGUUCUAAAUUUAGCAAGAAUUAUGGAUUCGCUAUACAAUGAUGGAGAUUCAUAUACACAUUCCAAAACCAAGUUGAAGGACUUUAUUACCUCCACAUUGAUUAAUCCGAUCCUGUGAAUUUGAAAACGGAUAUGAUUAAGUUCAUGAUCUUCAUCAGUAGUGUGACAGUGUUGC